AUGGAUAAUAGGUCUUCUGAGGAGCCAGAAGCUUUACAAUCCCUACAAGCCAAAUUUGCUCUAGCUGCCAAUACUGUUGUCGAUCUCUAUCGCGAGGGACAGAGACAACGAGAUAGCGCGUAUAAAAGGGGUUAUGAAAAGUGUCUUCUUGAUAUUAUGGACUUUUUAAACACACACCCUCAUGUGCAACAACGGCAAACAGGGGCAAGUGAGAGAAUGGUUGUCGAUUUGGAAGAUUUAGUAAAUUGGGCGAGAGCAAAGCAUGGACAGUUACAUGGGGCGUACGCACAGAAUACAGAGGAUAGUGUGAAUGGACAGUCACAACAACUUGCAAUAAUACAUCAAUCUCAACCGCAACAAGCUUCCAUACAACAACCGCAACCACCAUCGUCGUCUCAAUCAUCCCAACUACAACCAUCCGAAAAUACAACACACUCCUCUGCUUCUGACCAUGAAAUAUCCACUUUCCCACAUCAAACGCUGCAUACCAAUUCACAUCAACUAUAUUCACAGUCAGCGUUGUCAGGAACGACCUCCUCUUUUCAGACAUUUCCAACUGCUUCAAUAUUUGAUUUUACUAUGCCACAACAUAUGAUGGUAUCUUCUAGUCAGAGAGAGAUUGAAGCGAUAAGCGUAGGACAGGACGGAGGUAUCGGAAUAUGGGGUAGUGCUGGGGAACUGAAGCGGAAGUUUGGUGGAAACGAAGUUGGUUUUUUGGGUAAGAGUAUUCCUGUCGAGGGUCUUAUUGAGAUGCCUAGUAAAAGGAGUAGGAUCAGAAGAGAGGAGAUCGGAUUUGAACGAUGA